CUCAGCGGACUUCGGGUGUGCUGCGCCAGCGGUGUUGGUGUCGCUCUGGACUUAAAGUGAUAUUGUGCCUUCGGCUCGUUCGUUGAUAUUGAGGAAACAAAUCUGAAAUUAGCAGAAAUGUAUAGAUCCAGGAUAUGGAAUGCGGUACUGAUCGCGGCGUGUGCCAUCGUUGCCUCCGAUUAUGCUGACGCGGCGCCCAAGACGAUGGUGGACCACAAGAUCAACUUCGGAUGGCCGAGCUUCUUCAACCCUGAGAUGGGAAUGAUGAGGGAGAAGCACAAGAAAAGCAAGAAGAAGAAGGACCAGGAGGCAGGAGAGGGGAACGAGGUGGACACGAGCACCGAGGAGGAUCACUACGAGGAUCUCAUCGAUUACACGCUCAAGGGCGGCCUCCGAGGGACACUCCUCCUCCUCAACUCGAGCUCGGUGACGGACGUGAUGAUGCCGGAGGGGAAGGUGGGCAACCUGACGGAGGUGGCGAGCAAGAUCAUGCAGGAGGAGGAGGAGGAGGAGAAGAAGAAGAGGGAACAGGAGGAAGGCGAAGAGGAAAAACAAACCGGGGUGAGGAUGAGGACGCCUCUUGUGGUGAAGAAAAGGACGCCGGAGCUCGGCAAAUACGGCGCGAAGGUGACGUUCUUCACCAGCACCGAGCCCACCAAGUUCAUCUACUACGGCAACUGGUGCGGCCGCGGCGGGCGCAGUGCCCCGGUGGAUAACCUGGACCGCUGCUGCCUGGAGCACGAGAUGUGCUACGGCAGGACUGUGCGCGAGUGCCCGGAUGUGUGGAAGAAGCCCUACAACAUGAUGUACGCCUGGACGCCGCUGGACGAGGAGGUCGUCUGUGUUCGCUCGGAGUCGUACUGCAUCAACCACGUGUGCGAGUGCGACCGCGAGGCGGCCCUCUGCUUCCAGCACUACCUGUCGGCGCCGGAGGAGAUCGCGACGCACCUCGGCACCAAGUCGGAAUAGCUUGGCCCUGGUCUUGGCACCAGGCUCCUUUCCGCAAGAACAAAGCAUCAGCCAACUUACUAGGUCUUUCAUUGAGCAAGUCGCCUAUCGUAUUAAUGAACUUUCUCUCGGUUAUUGUUGUUAUUUUUAUUUUUCUAUCCGUUCUUUAUAUGUUUCUCUUAAUAUGCGGACCAUUGAUGUGACUGCACCGCAAUAUAACGGUAAAGUUGACUAUGAUACCCACUUCAAAUGGCACUCCUGCGCAAAGCCAUCAUUUUGUGAAAAAAGCUUUAAUUGAAACUGCUUGUCAAACUCUCGAAGCUUUAAGUGCUUUCUGUUUCUUAUUAUUCUCUUUUAUGUAUAUGCUUUCGUUAUUGUUGAUAUCAAAAUAAAGUCUCUAAC